CGAAAAAACGAAAAGAAGCUUUCCAAAAUCCUUCCUGUUUUCAACACGAAUUUUGUGGCGGAACCUGUUUUACGUAACUAUUUCAAGAGUACAAUAAGAAAGAAAAUACGUAAUGUCCUUGCUACCUUUGCUGUUGGACUACGAUUUGGAGCGUCCACGUCGACUCAUAGACCAGCAUUUCGGCUUGGGGCUGACUCCGGACGACCUUCUCUCCGUUGUCGCUGGCCCGAUGGUGAAUCGGGAAUAUUUCAGACCAUGGCGACAUAUGGCUGCAUCGGCGCGUGACUUUGGAUCCAGCAUUAAGGCGGAUAAAGAUAAGUUCCAAGUUAACUUGGAUGUUCAACAUUUCACGCCUGACGAGAUCUCUGUGAAAACCGUAGACGGAUAUAUUGUCGUUGAAGGGAAACAUGAGGAGAAGAAAGAUCAACAUGGUUUCAUUUCGCGUCAAUUUACCAGGCGUUAUGCAUUGCCGGAAGGAUGUACACCGGAGACCGUAGAGUCUAGGCUUUCUUCCGACGGUGUUUUGUCGGUUAUCUGUCCAAAAAAGGUGCCUCCUAGCAUCCAGGGUGAAAAAACGAUUAACAUCACUCAGACUGGACCCGUUCGCAAGGAUAUUAAGGACCAGGCCAAUGGAGAUAAAGCUGAAUAAAAUGUUCUCGUCUCCAUUAGAGUUUUGACAUGUUCUAUGUCACAUUUUCAUGGAUUUAAUUUGAUUAAGACUGAUUUAUUUAAGUUGUAGCUUCUAAAUUGUUCCUAAAUAAAGAUAAUUCGUUUGUUUUUAAAAUGUUUGUUUAUAUCCGUUAAGUUCGUGUU